UGCUGGGAGAUGACACGUGGAGUGUGCGAAUUUGUUUAUUUUGAUAGCUUAAUGAGUUUAGAUGUAAAAAUGGUUGCAAAUAGUCAAUGGGAUUUGUAUGCAGGGGUUGAGUUAUUUGAAUGAACAAAUGAUAAUGGAGUUUCCGGUCUUGCAUUGAAGUGUUUGGAUUAGGAGAUGAAAGGGCGGCAAAAAUUCAAUGAUGUAUUGGAGAGUUGGGCUGAAGACACUGUAGAGAGUAGUCGACUAAUGUGUUAAGGAGAACAUUAAGUAAAUCUGUUCCGUUUAUUAUAAGUGCGCUUCGGAGUCUUCAGUAAAAGAACCCAGCAUCUUAGGAUGCAACAGUAUCGUCCAUCAAUAAACUGUAGCCUAGUGAAACGAGUCACACCCUGAGUUGGAGGCGCUCCAGAGAGGACAGGGGAACUGAAAGUAUAGCUGUCACGUCAAUUUAUAUGGUUCCCAUGACUUGCUAUCAGCAGAAGUGCCUAUCACCACAACAGCAGUCGUUGCACCUGUGAGUUGGAUUGCAGUCGCUUUGCUCAAUGGCAAUUACUUUGAAUGCGCCAUGACUGGUAUCAAUGUAACUGUUUUCAACAACCACCUUUGCGAUGGGAAGAGUCCGCACUGCCAGGAUGAACUUUAUAAAUUCCCCUGUGGGAGAGCCACCCACGUGCCACAAUCUGACAGCAAUGAUGUGCUGGCAACCCUCCACGCUGAGUCGCAGGUCCUGGGUUGGCUACUGAUCGCCUCCAUCAUGGUCUUCAACCUCCUGCUAACCUGUGUUGCCCGGUGUAACUCCCCAGUCAGCUACCUGCAGCUGAAGUUCUGGAGGGUCUAUGCCCAGCGGGAGAGCGACCUGCUGGAAAGCUACACGGCAGAUCACGCCGAAAAGCUUGCAGAGAGGAACCUGAAGAGCUUCUUCCAGCAGAUGCCUCCAGAGCCUGUCACGACCCCACCUAACCAGGCCUGGGAGAAGAUCUCGUCCCUCUACAGGUUCAGCACCAGAGACCACUACUACAGCAUCCUGCACAAGUACGUGGAGAAGUGCCAGGACCCUGCAGAGGCCAGGGACCACAGAGUGUCAUCUGUCGGGUCAGACGGUCCAGACGCUGCUAAUCCGUCUGUGCUCACCUUUGUGGAUGAGGGCAAGAUGAUGCUGUGAAUGGGCAUGCAUAUGAUCAUAGGAACAGUGGUGACAGCAUCACUACCAUGACCCUAUCUGUAACCAUCCUCAUUUACUUUUAGCGUCAAAGUUAUGACUCAUUAUAGAGGAUUGUUGUCAUGAUUAUACUCUUUGUCAUCAUCAUGAUUAUCGCUGUGCGUCAGGGGAUUUUUCAGUAGAAAGACAAAUCACAUCUGAUUAACCACUCUCGGGUCUUUGCUUCAAUAACAAUGCUUCCCAAUUUUAUAUUGUGCUCAGAAGGGAUUUUUUUUUUUUUUUUAAUAGUUGAUCGUACUUUCUUUCUCUUCCACUUUUCUGUUUAAUAUUUUUAUGCUCCUCAGACUUGGCCUACAUACAGGUGGUCUGUGGCAUCAGACAGGAAAAGCAUGGUCUGGUUCUAUUAAAUAAGGAGCUAGUUUGUGCACUCCAAAAUACUUUCAAUAAAAGCCUGUUACCAGUGUACAUGUAGCAUCUUUAUGACGGUAACCCACAAUAAUAUUCAGUUUGACCUUACAAGCUCGGUCGCCAAAGUAUUUAUGCGUUAUUGUUCUUUAUAUUAUUGCACUGUAGACCGACCAUUGCCACAAGUGAACUGCGAUGAACAUCAGCUCUGAAUUGAAUGCAAACUUAGCGUAAUUGUUAGAUUCGUAUCUCUGUGUAAAGCUUAAGUAGUACUAGUCAGAGAUAGGCAGUAUUUCUGUUCCAUGUAUUUGACAUACAUAUUUCAAUUACAUUUGUGUAUUACAGUGGGGCAAAAAAGUAUUUAGUCAGCCACCAAUUGUGCAAGUUCUCCCACUUAAAAAGAUGAGAGGCCUGUAAUUUUCAUCAUAGGUACACUUCAACUAUGACAGACAAUGAGAAAAACUUCCUGAAAAUCACAUUGUAGGAUUUUUAAUGAAUUUAUUUGCAAAUUAUGGUGUAAAAUAAGUAUUUGGUCAAUAACAAAAGUUUAUCUCAAGACUUUGUUAUAUACCCUUUGUUGGCAAUGACAGAGGUCAAACGUUUUCUGUAAGUCUCCAUAAGGUUUUCACACACUGUUGCUGGUAUUUUGGCCCAUUCCUCCAUGCAGAUCUCCUCUAGAGCAGUGACGUUUUGGGGCUGUUGCUGGCCAACACGGACUUUCAACUCCCUCCAAAGAUUUUCUAUGGGGUUGAGAUCAGGAGACUGGCUAGGCCACUCCAGGACCUUGAAAUGCUUCUUAUGAAGCCACUCCUUCGUUGCCCGGGCAGUGUGUUUGGGAUCAUUGUCAUGCUGAAAGACCCAGCCACUCUCAGGAUUUGGCCAGGGUUGUUUUGGUCACUAGAUGCCCCCAUUGUGCUUUUUGACCCUUUUGUUUUCCCCUUGUUCCCAGUUAUUUUUUGCACCUGUGCCUCAUUUCCCUCGAUUGUAUUUAAACCUUUAGUUUUCCUCAGUUCUUUGCUCUGUGUUUGAAUGUUAGCACCCAGCCCAGUGAUGCUGUGAACAUUUGUUGCUCCAGUUGGAUGCUCUUGUGGUACUCUGUUUUUGGUUAUUUAUUUUUGAUUAGCUUUUGAGGCUUUUUUCUGCUGUACCUACCACCUUGUGGAUUUACCUUUUUGACUUGGAGGAUUACCUUUGUUCUCUUGGAAUUACUUUUGAUGUUGUGGAUUUUUAUUUUUGCCUAAACUUUCCUUUUACUUUAUUAAAACACUGUCUCAAGUA